UGUCGCAGCAGCAGCAGAAGAACAACUUGUCUGCUCCAGCACCAACAGCAGCUCAUUAACACCCUUAUGUCGAGCUUUUUUUCUCCACUGGAAAUGCUCUUAUUUUUCCGGACAGCACAAACCCACGACCAUUGUGGAGUGUUUGUUGCCGCCGUGGAAUAAUAAAUAACGGCUUCUGCUGCUGCUGUAUCACGGGCAUCCGUCACACAGGCUGAGGCGCGACUGAUAACUGCCUGCUCCGCCCGGCGCCGGGAGCCACAAACCCGGCCGCUGGGAGCUGGACGGGUCGGGAGGCUAGCUAACUGGCUUUAGCCAGGAAGAGCCCGUCCAUCCCCUAACACGUCGCUGCCUUGACGACACCUAAAAAGGGUUCAGUGACACUGAAGACGGACUGAAGAAUAAAGGGUGGACAUGUCCCAUCAUCGGAGUAAGAGGAUUUCUUCCUGAGGUUGUGCUCUGGAGCUGAACUGUGCGACUGAGCUGGGAGACGGAGGAAGAUGCCUCCCAGGCCGUCCUCUGGGGAGCUAUGGGGCAUCCACUUGAUGCCACCCAGGAUUCUGGUGGAUUGUCUUUUGCCCAACGGCAUGAUUCUGACCCUGGAGUGUCUCCGUGAAGCCACGCUCAUCACCAUAAAACAUGAGCUAUUCAAAGAGGCCAGGAAAUAUCCGCUCCAUCACCUUCUGCAGGAGGAGACGUCCUACAUAUUUGUCAGUGUUACGCAGGAAGCAGAGCGGGAGGAGUUCUAUGAUGAAACUCGGAGGCUCUGUGAUCUUCGCCUCUUCCAGCCCUUCCUCAAGGUCAUUGAGCCAGUUGGCAACAGGGAAGAGAAGAUCCUCAACAGAGAGAUAGGUUUUGCCAUUGGGAUGCCUGUGUGUGAGUUUGACCUUGUGAAGGAUCCCGAGGUUCAGGACUUCAGGAGAAACAUCCUGAAUGUCUGUAAGGACUCUGUGGAGCUCAGAGACGCCAGCGGGCCACACAGCAGAGCACUGUAUGUUUACCCACCCAAUGUAGAAUCCACACAGGAACUUCCCAAACACAUCUAUAGCAAACUAGACAAAGGUCAGAUUAUUGUCGUGAUAUGGGUGAUUGUUUCGCCCAACAAUGACAAACAAAAGUAUACACUGAAGAUCAACCACGACUGUGUGCCUGAACAGGUGAUUGCAGAGGCUAUUCGUAAGAAGACACGCAGCAUGCUGUUGUCUCCAGAGCAGCUGAAGAUGUGUGUCCAGGAGUACCAGGGUAAAUACAUCCUCAAAGUCUGUGGCUGUGAUGAGUACCUGCUGGAGAAGUUCCCAAUCAGUCAGUAUAAGUAUAUCCGCAGUUGCAUCAUGCUGACGAGGAUGCCUAACCUGAUGCUAAUGGCCAAGGACAGCCUUUACACUCAGUUGCCUACAGAUAACUUUGUCAUGCCGUCAUAUUCUCGACGCAUCUCCACGGCAACGUCUUACAUGAACGGAGAGGCAGCGUCCAAGUCGCUGUGGACCAUCAACGGAACUCUGCGAAUACGAAUCCUGUGUGCCACUUAUGUCAACGUUAAUAUACGGGACAUUGACAAGAUAUACGUGAGGACAGGCAUUUACCAUGGAGGAGAACAAAUGUGUGACAAUGUGAACACUCAGAGAGUACCCUGCUCUAAUCCCAGGUGGAAUGAGUGGCUCACCUAUGACAUGUACAUCCCAGACAUCCCUCGUGCAGCUCGACUCUGCUUAUCCAUUUGCUCGGUCAAGGGCAGAAAGGGAGCGAAGGAGGAGCACUGUCCAUUAGCGUGGGGAAAUAUCAACUUGUUUGACUACACUCACACUCUAGUGGCCAACAAGAUGGCUCUGAACCUCUGGCCCGUCCCUCAUGGCCUUGAAGACCUUCUCAACCCCAUAGGAGUCACUGGAUCCAACCCCAACAAGGAAACUCCAUGUCUGGAGCUGGAGUUUGACCACUUCAGCAGCCCAGUCAAAUACCCGGAUAUGAAUGCAGUAGAAGAUCAUGCAAACUGGACCAUCUCGAGAGAACUGGGAUUCAGCUUCAACCUCUCUGGACAGAGCAAUCGUGUAGCCAGAGAUCACGCACUGACAGAGAGCGACACUGAGCAGCUGAGGCAGCUGAGUAACAGAGACCCUCUGUCUGAAAUCACUGAGCAGGAGAAAGACUUCCUCUGGAGACACAGGCACUACUGUAUGAACAUCCCUGAGAUCCUUCCAAAGAUCCUUCUUGCUGUCAAAUGGAACUCCAGAGAUGAAGUAGCACAGAUGUACUGCCUGUUAAAGGAGUGGCCAUCCAUCCGUCCUGAGCAGGCCAUGGAGCUGUUAGACUGUAACUAUCCAGACCCCAUGGUCAGACACUUUGCUGUACGCUGCCUUGAAAAAUACCUGACUGACGACAAACUGUCUCAGUACCUGAUUCAGCUUGUACAGGUAUUAAAAUAUGAGCAAUAUCUUGACAAUCCUCUGGCCCGAUUCCUUCUCAAAAAGGCACUAACCAAUCAAAGGAUAGGACAUUUCUUCUUCUGGCAUCUCAAGUCAGAAAUGCACAAUAAAACAGUGAGCCAGAGGUUUGGGCUGCUGUUAGAGGCUUACUGCAGGGCUUGUGGCAUGUACCUCAAACACCUGAGCAGGCAGGUAGAGGCCAUGGAGAAGCUCAUAAACCUCACUGACAUCCUUAAGCAGGAGAAGAAGGAUGAGACGCAGAAGGUCCAGAUGAGGUUCCUUGUGGACCAGAUGAAGAGACCAGACUACAUGGAUGCGUUGCAGAACUUCACUUCUCCUCUCAACCCCGCGCACCAACUGGGAAACCUGAGGUUAGAUGAAUGCAGGAUCAUGUCGUCAGCAAAGAGGCCGCUGUGGCUGAACUGGGAGAAUCCUGACAUCAUGUCCGAACUCCUCUUUCAGAACAAUGAAAUAAUCUUCAAAAAUGGAGAUGACUUGCGGCAGGAUAUGCUGACGUUGCAGAUUAUCAAAAUCAUGGAGAAUAUUUGGCAGAAUCAAGGACUGGACCUGCGGAUGCUUCCCUAUGGCUGUCUGUCAUUAGGAGACUGUGUGGGUCUCAUUGAGGUUGUCCGGAGCUCCCACACUAUCAUGCAGAUCCAGUGUAAAGGAGGCUUGAAGGGAGCUUUGCAGUUCAACUCAAACACUCUGCAUCAGUGGCUCAGGGACAAAAACAAGGGCGAGAUGUAUGACAUGGCUGUGGAUCUGUUUACGAGGUCCUGUGCUGGCUACUGCGUAGCUACAUUUAUCCUCGGGAUAGGAGACAGGCACAACAGCAACAUUAUGGUCAAAGACGAUGGUCAGCUGUUUCAUAUAGAUUUUGGCCAUUUCCUUGAUCAUAAGAAGAAGAAAUUUGGAUACAAGAGAGAGCGAGUGCCCUUUGUCCUGACGCAAGACUUCCUCAUCGUCAUCAGCAAGGGAUCCCAGGAGUGCACAAAGACCAAAGAGUUUGAGCGGUUCCAGGAGAUGUGUUACAAAGCCUACCUGGCCAUCCGGCAGCAUGCUAACCUCUUCAUCAACCUCUUCUCCAUGAUGCUGGGCUCUGGUAUGCCUGAGCUGCAGUCAUUUGACGACAUUGCCUACAUCAGAAAGACUCUGGCCUUGGAGAAGAGUGAGCAGGAGGCUUUGGACUAUUUCAUGAAACAGAUGAACGAUGCUCACCAUGGAGGAUGGACCACUAAGAUGGACUGGAUAUUCCACACAAUUAGACAACAUGCACUAAACUGAUCUCCUGCACACGGAGUAUUAACUCC